AACGGGGCGUACCUACCGUGCACCGCCCCGUAGUGUAUAGCCCGGCACUCCCGGAAGCAGUGCGCGACGCAACGCUGUUGGACCUGUGCCGCGGCCCUGCGCGUGUGUGUGUGCGUGUGCGUGAAGGCGGGUAAUGCCACUGCACUGACUUGGUGCGGCGCCAUGGCCGGCUUGCCGUGCGGCCCGCACUGCUUGUGGGGCGCGGCGCUGCUGUUGGCGGCGACGGCCUCGGUGGCCAGGGUGACGUGCGGCACCGAGCACCACGACAUCAUGCACCUGCAGCGGCUGCGGAAGAACCUGCUGUGCCUCUACGACCGCGACGCAGGGCCCUCGGUGUCGCCGGGGAACCGCACCAACGUGCGGUACAUCUUCCUGCGCACGCGCUUCGACGUGGACGAGGCCGCCAACGCGCUGGUGCUGUUCGGCUACAUCAUGUUCGUCUGGAAGGACGAGUGGCUGCACUGGGACCCGCAGAAGUACCGCAACGUCAGCAGGGUGUACGUCGAGGCGGACGAGAUCUGGACGCCCACCAUCGCCACGGUGGAGAACCCGACCAAAGUGCUCGGCGCCGGCCAGGCCCUCAUCAUGAACGGCACGGUGUUCUGGACGAUGCACGCGCCGCUGCGGGCGCCCUGCAUCCACGACCCGUCCAGCUGGCCCCACGACAAGAUGGUGUGCACGAUCACCAUGGUCAACCUCAACCCGGCCGUCAGCAUGCUCGAGCCCCGCGCCACCCAGCUCAACAACGUUAAGUGGGGGAACAACCAGGGCUGGAGCAUGGACAAGCUGAGGGUGAAGAGGAUGCCCAAGUUCGCGCCGAUGGGGUUCAACGACAGCGUGGUGCUGACGUUCACGAUGCUGCGCCAUGUCGCCAAACAGGAGUCCACCACGGUGUGGCCGGUGGCGCUGCAGCCCGUGCUGCUGGCCGCGUCCAUCGGGCUGCCCGCCGACUCGCCGCACCGGCCGCUGCUGCUGUGCACCCUGGUGCUGGUGCAGGUGCUGCUGAGCGUGGUGGUGCCCAUGGGCAUCGUGGUGGUGGGCGACGUGGCGCCGCGUGUGGUGCUGCUGAUGCGUGACCUGCUCGUCGUCACGGCCGUCGCCGUGCUGGAGUGGACGUGGGCACGCUGGAUGCUGUCCCGGCCGGAGCCGCAGCCGCCGUCGCCGUCCAACGCGCUGCUCGACCUCGCCGACAAGCUGGCCGUCGUCCUGGUGCUGCCCGGCCCCGGCGCGCCCAAGGCCGCCCGCACGGUGGUCCUGGUGGACCGCGCGUUCGACGUACUGCUGGUCGUGGUGUGCGCCGUGCUCCUGGGGAGGCUGCUGCCUUGACAACGCGCCGCGACGCGCUGAGGAAACGCCCGUGCUUUCUCGAGGACGCCGAGUAAACGAAACAUUUUUCACAAUUUUAAUUUAUUGAUUGUUGAGACUUUUUCUCGCGAGGUCUCUGAAAUUGCGAACCCUCCCAAACUUAUCGUUCGGAAAGAAAAUAAAGGACAGAAUUUGAAACGAGCAUUUAUGUU